ACAGCGAACAAAAAGAAUAUUUAAGCUUUAUUUUGACUUAAGUUUCAAGAAAAUCGGAGUCAACGUGUUUGCAGACAUUUAAAAGGUUAUUUUUCAAACUAAAUUUUUUAUAUUUGUAGAUUUUUAGUUUGCAGAAUUAUAGAAUGUAGAAUUUUUGUCUGUCAUUGUAGAGUUGAGAGGCUUUUUUCGAAAACCACGAAUAGAAGAUAAAUUUUGGUUAGCAGGAUAAAUAAUUAUUUGAAAAUCCCCUUUUGCACAUUGGCAAUUGUUUAUGUGCAGGGGGAUCGUUUUCAAAUAGAAUGCCUCAUAUAUCAACACUAACUUCGUAGUAGAAAUUUAAUUAUAAGAAUUUGUCUAUUAAGGUUCGAGAGACGUCAAUCGUUGAUGAUUGACGUGUAUCAAUGUCCUUGUCCCUCGAAUUAGGUUCCCCGAUGAAUUAAGUACCGCAUUGAUGCGACUCUCUGGUCCCUCUCUCUAUAAACUCGGAUUCAAAUGCCUAUUUCCUGCAUCCUAUAGAGCGCAUAUAAUGUCAUAACAAUCUCGUCUACUUUAAAACUCGCUUGUCAAUUUGAUAAUCCAACUGAUUAAGAAGUACAGUGUGCAAGACGUUAAAAGCUUCCAAUUGCAAAAUAUCAUCCAUCGUGUCAGAAUGGAGCAACAUUCACGUCUCACAUUGGAUUUGGUGGCAAAAUUAAUCACCUCCGAUGAGCCGGAAGUGGAAAUUAAAAAUCUCGACGAGGAACCAGGCUCAGGACGUGGUGAUAAUUAUACAUCGAUGCUUUAUCGUGUGCGCGCCAAGGGACGAAAGCAAAUUAAAAAAGGUGAAUGGAUACCGUGGCAGAGGGCAAUAAUUUACAAGGUCCUACCGCAAUCGAAAGCAAGACGUGAGGCUUAUAAAAGUGAAUUGUUAUUUCGUAAUGAGGUGGUUUUUUACAAACACGUGUGGCCUGCAUUGAAUGAACUUCAGGAAAAUGGAAAAAUUGUUUUCCAAGGAGUCGCCAAAGUCCUUGCGGCAAGACCCGAUUUCAUUGCCAUGGAGGAUCUUAAGGACAGGGGCUUUAGAAUGGCCGACAGAAGAACUGGUCUUCAAUUGGAUCGUCUCAAGUUUAUCCUUAAAGCUCUCGCUGGAUUUCACGCCCUCAGUUUGACUCUCAAGGAGCAGAGGCCAGACGUUUUUGAGAGAUUGUCAAAUCCUGAAGAGGGACAAGGAUUGCAAGAGGUCUUGUUUCGAUCAGAAAAUGAGGACUGGUACCGUCAAUAUUAUCGAAUGGCGACAAAUAAUGCAAUUAGAAUGGUAUCAGAUGGCUUGCCUGACAAUUUGGAGUAUCGACGAGAAGAAGCGAUGGAUAAAUUUCAGGCUUUUCUGAGUGAAGAGACUUUUUUCCGUACCAUGUGUAAAUUGACCGCCGCCAAGGGACCACUCACAGUAUUUUGUCAUGGGGAUUGCUGGACCAAUAAUUUUCUCUUUCGCGACUCCAACGUUGCUACAACUGAAACACAGGAUGUUUACUUGGUUGAUUUCCAACUUGCACGAGUCGGCUCCCUUGCUCUUGACUUGGUGAAUCUUUUGUACUGCUGCUCGACCAGUCAAGUCAGAAAAAAUCAUCAAACCGAAUUAUUGAGACAUUAUCACAGACAUUUAAUGUCUUCACUGUACACUUUAAAUCCCCAAGGUCCAGACAGAGAUGAAACGACCAUGUGGGAACUUUUAAAAGAGGAAAUACGAAGAUGCGGACGAUUUGGAUUAGGUUUAGCAGUGGAUAUUCUCCCAAUCAGCACCUGCGAAAGUGAUCAAGCACCAGAUUUAUACGAAGGCGGAGAGGAAAAUAAGGAACUUCGCACCGCUUUAGUUGUUCCUCCGGAAGGUGCUGACUGUUCACGAUUAAUGACCGAACUUGUUCUAGAAUUAAUAGAUAAUCACGCACUUUAGAUAAAAAAAAUGGUAGAAAAUAAUUUUCUAGAACGAAUUUCCCACUUUUCUAAAAGUAAUUGACAGAAAAAAACUAAUUCUGGAAUUAUUAAUUAAAAAGGAAAAAAAAUCAAUAUCAA